UCAUAUGACAUCAGCCUAGCCCCUCCUUCUCUUCAGCGAAAGCGACAGGAAAAUGGAGGAAUAUGCACGAGAACCAUGUCCGUGGAGAAUUGUGGACGACUGCGGAGGGGCUUUCACCAUGGGUGCCAUCGGAGGUGGGAUUUUCCAGGCUGUGAAAGGCUUUAGAAACUCGCCAGCAGGGAUGAACCAUAGAUUGCGCGGGAGCAUGACGGCUGUCAAGAUCAAGGCCCCUCAGCUUGGAGGCAGCUUCGCGAUGUGGGGAGGCCUGUUCUCCCUGAUCGACUGCGGGCUGGUGAAGGUGCGUGGGAAGGAGGACCCCUGGAACUCCAUCACCAGCGGAGCCAUGACCGGCGCCAUCCUCGCUGCCAGAAAUGGGCCCGUUGCCAUGGUGGGCUCGGCGGCGAUGGGCGGAAUCCUGCUGGCGCUGAUCGAGGGUGCAGGCAUCCUGCUCACCAGAUUCGCCUCCUCACAGUUCCCCACCGGGGCCCAGUUUGCAGAGGAGCCCGCCCCGAUGCCGGCCCCCCCCUUCGGAGAAUACAGGCAGUAUCAGUGAGGGAGGGGCCGCCCUCACCCACCCCUAGGCCUUUUAAAAUACCUCCACAGAUCUGACUCGAAAGAAAAUUCUGGAACUUCUUCAGAAGGAACUGUGCAGUGCAUCCCAACUUCAAGGAUUUCAUUUUUUUACUGAUUGUUUUUUUUUUUUCCUGAACCAUCAUUGCCAUCUGCCUGUUAAAAAGCCUCAUCUGUUGCAUGUUCCCCACGAUCAGUGUGUGAAUGUUGGUGGUCAGCACCGGAAUGGAAAUGUCGUCAGGGCCCAUGCAGUUGGGUGGCAUAGAGGGGGUUAUAUUGGGAUUUAGGAGACAAUGGAACUCUAGUCUUUAACAUGCUUCAGUGUCCUGGUGGCAUUAUUUCAGCUGUCAGCAGGCUGACUUCCGCUUUUACGUAUUCUGGAAACGUACGGCUAACCGUUUUUUUAAAUCGGUAGCUGUGCGAGAUGGCUUUGGAGUUCCGUUGCGUCCUCCCUGCUCAAUAUCACCAUUGUACACAGAGAUGUGUGGCCCACUUGGAUUCCCCGGAGGUCCGCUUACAAAGUAGCCUGUUGACUAGUAGCACGCCUGAGUCACAUGACUUGGUCCUGACCAGUGGACAAGCUGGAGAGGUAAACUAGCCUCACACCGAUAGGGACUCCAGAGCCUAGCUGGCCUUAACCCCAUGGCACACCCACCUUCUGCUAAUGUGUGUAAAUAUUGUGUGUGUGUGUGUGUGUGUGUGUGUGUGUGUGUGAGAGAGAGAAAAGGCUGUUCACGGAGGUUCAGUUUGUACAGCAAUGGAGAGCUGCCACGUCAACACCUGUACUGCACGUUCCCCCUGACCGUGACCCUGGACCCCAACACCCCGCCGUGAAGAAAGCAGACCGCUCCAGAUCAUUUAUUUAUUCUCGUCUCCGUUACUCUCUGUAACGAAGGCCGUCCGUUGGGUGCACUGCGAGGACCGUGAAUGACACCAGGACUGUGAUCGUGCGCAGGGAUGGAUCAGUACGACUGAGGACCGCGGCAGUGUACAGCGCAGACCUGCAGUACGAGCUCGGCCGCGACGGGGCUGCUUUCACUGUCGGUUCAUGCCACACACAAGAUCUGUAUGACAGAUUGGACAACAUUAACAAUAAAGUCAAACGAGAGGCACGAUGA